AUACAUAUUCAAGAACAAAGACCAGAGACAGCAGACAGAGGCCGACAGAGAUUAGACACAUGACAUUCUGUGUGAAAGUGACAACAAGUUGAUAAAAGGACCCAAAAGAAAAUAAAGAGAAUUUGUCUGGAAGAAUUAAACAUGUAUUUGGAGAGGAAAGCACAGUUGCUGGUUGUUCUGGGGUUAGCGCUGGUUUUUGAAGGUGGUGAGUGUUGGAAUCAUGAAGUGUUUGUGGCGUAUGGGUCUGUAGCUGUGCUGCCGUGUGUGGAUGAGUUCUCUGAGCUCUUACGUCCUACAGCAGUCUACUGGAGCAGGGUAGUUGACAAUGUGCAGAAGACAGUUUGGCGGCGAGAGAAGAGUGGGUUAGAGUUUCGACCAGUGACAAACCCAUCACGUGCUUACUGCCCCUUUCCGAACUUUGGAAAGGGGGAUUACAGCCUUCACAUCACUGGAAUGACAGAUAAAGACGGAGGAAAGUAUGUCUGUGAGGUGGAGGGAAAGACUCGGAUGAUGAAGAUCAUCAUGCUCAGAGUUAUUAAAGUGUCCUUUUCUCCUGCCAUUGUGGUGGAGGGCUCAGUGGUGGAGGUGACAUGCCGUAUCAGUCCUGAGCCAGGAUUUGGAAGUCAGCAAGUCAGCAAGAACCUAAAUGGCGAAUCAACAAGUAAAAAGGUCCUGUAUAACGUGUCUCAAAGAAAUGCAGGAAACUGGACCUGCCAAGUUUCAUACAAAGGUGUAUCAGGAGAGGCAACUGCAUCCCUACAGGUCAAAGGAAUCGUCACCCCGCAGGAUGACUCUUCAGUGGUGUAUGCUGCAGUAGGCACCUCUGUCUCCUUACCCUCUGUCUUUACCGAGGGUCCAAUCCCAAACACUGUGACCUGGGUGAGAACUUCCAAAACAAAGAACUCCUCUCUUCCACUCCCUUCAUCUUUCAACCAGUCUCUUGGGUCUUCAGUGUCCCUCCCUUCUUGGGAAAGAUCAGCUUGGAUAAAGAGAGUGGAGGAUGGAGAUGAAGGAAUAUAUACAUGCUCAGGAAUGAUGGAGGGAUCGAAUGGAGUGAGAAUUAAAGUGCAACGAAGGAUGCAGCUGGUUGUUACUCAAGUUCAGAGUUCCUCUGCAUCGAGCAGGCAUGGACCUGUGACUCUGACCUGCCACCUCAGUGACUCCAGUGGCAUCACUUCUUAUGAAUGGCUCCGUGUAACCUAUGGAGUAAACAACACUCAAACGGUGACCUUUGUUAAAAAGUCAAAAGACCUCAGGAUUCAAAAAGUGACAGAAAAAGACAUUGGUGAAUGGGUGUGUCGGUACUACGGCAGGCAAGGUGUUCUGGGCAACAUAACUUAUCAACUUCACAUGACGGGUGCUCUAAUGGGUGAAAGUGAGUCUAGUUCUGGAAACAAUGUGGCUAUGGUGAUGGGAUUAGGAUUUUUGUUCUUGGUGAUAUUACUGAUUUUGCUCCAGAUGUACAGAAACUAUCGCAGGAAGAAGAUGAUCCUUCUUUACCCAGCGAUGGAAACCAUCGUCCAUCAAGCUGCCACUGAACAAGAGAGGAGAGAGAGGUGCAAAGCAAAAAUAAAUGAAGCUUGCAGUGUGGAGCCGAAAUCAGAGUUUGUGUAAAUGUGUUUUUUUUUUU